ACCAGUUGCCAGUUCAUUUUAGUUCAUCAACAAAUCACAGCAAAUAAAUUCCAACGUCUCGCGCUAAAAAUUGUUAAUAACAUUUACAAACGAACAUGGCAAACCGCAAGGAGGCGGGGACGGAUGCUGAUCCCGCUGAAGAUUUCAAGUUGAACAACCGCGAUAGCGUCGCCUUGAAGGAUUUGCUGCAGAAGCGGCUUUCGGAGUGCGGCUGGCGCAAGGAUAUCGAGGAAAUGAUACGCCAGACCAUUAAGGAGCGCGGCGUGGCUAACCUGACCCACGACCAACUGGCUGCCGAGAUAGUACCGCACGCUCGUGCCUUGGUUCCCGAGGUCAUUCGCAACGAGAUGCUGUUGCGGGUGCGCGCCGCCUUGGAAGCCUCUUUGCCACCGGAGAAGAACUGAAAAUCACACAGCAUUUCUUAAAUUCUAGCACAUGGGUUUUGUGGUUUAUUAUCUCGUAUUUAAGUAGAUAUUUACAAUCUUAGGCUAGUUAUGAAUUGCGCCAUUCGUUAUACAAUAUGCAUGUAAUAAAUAAACAACAUAAUUAUAGUUAGAAUAA